GCGUUGUACAGGAAGCAGAGGGCGCACGGUUCAGCCUCCCGGAAGUUAUUGCAGUAGUCGCAGUGUCGUUACAUUGUGUCAGUGCAGGAUCAUACCAGUGACAGCUAUGGAGGAUCUGAGGAUCCGGAACCUGUGUACCCUGCUCCUGCCGCUCCUACUCCUCAGCCUGGCUAUGGUGGAGGCACAGACCAGCGCCCCAGGGCCGGCCCCCCUCACCAGACCUUGUGGAUUCUACACUGGGAAGUCCUGUGAAGAAUGCCUGAAAAAUGUUUCCUGCCUGUGGUGUAUAACAAAUAGCACAUGUCUGGAGUACCCCGUCAGAUCCAUCCUGCCCCCCUCCUCUCUCUGCGCCAUGUCAGCUGCCAGAUGGGGGGCCUGCUGGAUAAACUUUGAAGCGCUGAUCAUUGCGAUGGGCACGGUAGCCGGAAUCCUAAUACUGAGCAUUAUAAUUUGUUGCUGUUAUUGUUGCUAUUGUCGUAAGAGUUCCAGUUCGCGGCUAAGACUGGAAGCAGAAGAGGAAAAUCUCAUCCGAGAACGUGAGAAGAGGAAACAGGAAUCCCUUCAGAGAAAGAACGAAAGGUCCAUAAAACAUAAGGAGAUCCGGAAGAAAUACGGUCUCCUGCAAGAUAUGGAUCAUCCCUACAGCAAAUUCGAUGAUGAAUAGAUGUAGAUAAGAUCUGUGAAUGCGACUCCGUCCUGCCCGCAUGAGCAAACCCUGCAGACGCUGGACCGACAGCAGAUCAUUUUCACAGUGCAUGGGGCUCCUGGGGUUUUAGAGCCGACCAUAGACCUAGUAAUAGUUACUAAAUAUUCUGAUUAUUAAUACCACUUGUCAAUCCUUAGGUCUAUGGUUCCAACCAAUUGAAAUGUAUUCCAUUAGUGAGGACGAGUGUCUGAACUGCUUCCAAAUUUUUCUCUGUUAUUAGGGAUUAAUGGGGUUGUCUGUGAUCAGAAAAAAACAUGGCGGCUUUUCCAGAAACAUUGCCACGCCUGUCCAUGGGUUGUGACUGGUAUGACAGCUUAGUUCCAUUGAAGUGAAUGGGGUUGAGCUGCAAUACCACACACAACCUGUGGACAAGUAUGGCGCUGUAGAAAGCGGCCAUGUUUUCCUCAUUAUGUAUACCCCUUUAACCCUUUUUUUUUUAGAGGAAGGACAUGCACAGCAAUGCAUACAAACGAAAUUGCAAUGCGGAAAGGUCAAUCCCGUAGUUUCAGAUUUUUUGCACUUCUCUUUACCCACCAGCAUCCCCAUUAGAUCAUAGCAAAUGUUCCCAUGUAGAGAUAUUUUAAAGGGGUACUCCGCUGCCCGAGCAUUCGGAACAUCUAGUUUCGAGCACUUGGAGCGGGCAGCAGGGGUCGUAACAUCACAGCCACUCCCCCCUCGUGACGUCAUGGUCACGCCCCCUCAAUGCAAGUCUAUGGGAGGGGGCGUGGCGGCCGCCACGCCCCCUCCCAUAGACUUGCAUUGAGGGUGUGUGUCAAUGACAUCACAACGGGGCGUGGCCUUCCCAUAGACUUGCAUUGAGGGUGUGUGUCCUUCCCAUAGACUUGUAUUGAGGGGGGUUCGGUCGUGACAUCACGACCCCUGCCGCCCGCACCUAGCUUUCUAAACGACGCCGGGCGCUGUACAGAGAUCAGCCGCGUGCCCCCCCGCGAUCAGACAUCUUGUCCCCUAUCUUUUGGAUAGGGGGUAAGAUGUCUAGGAGCGGAGUAACCCUUUAAAGAAAGAGGAUCUGUUAACUCCAUUUUUAGUAAAUACAGAAUUUUUUUAUGUAAUAACAAUUUUGUAGCAUCUUUCUGCCAUUCCUCUGUUAUUCUUCCUGGAAAUGUAUUAAUUAAAUUGACAACUGGGUGUUACCGUUCUCAUUGUCUAUUGGGUGUUUCCCUACACAAUCUGAUACUGUUGGCAAUAAUUGGAUUGUACAAGACUCUAGGGAAACACCCCAUUAACAGGAGCAAUGGUAACAAUCAGUUCUUAAUUUAUAAGUUUCCAGGAGUAAUAACUGAGGAAUGGGACACCCAGAAUUGUUAUAUCAUGAAAAAUACAAGUAUUCUCUUGUUAGUUCUCCGGUCAAGUCUGUUUUAGUAGUAAAUCCAUGCAUUCCACAUAUAAUACCAAUUUUAGAGCAUCUUUGUGCUGUUCCUCAGUUACUCCUCCUGGAAAUGUAUAACUACAUUAACCAUUUUCCUUGUCUAUAGGGUUUUUCCUUACACAGUCUUAUACUGUAAGCAAUGAUUGUGUAGAAUCAGACUGUAGGACAACAUCCCAUUGACAAGAGCAGUGGUAACAGCCCAUGUAUACAUUUCCAAGAUGAAUAACAGAGGAACGCAACAACCAGAAUUGUUAUAUAAUGGAGAAUACAAGUACAGUAUUCACCUGUUAGUUCUGUUUUAGUAAAUUUUUCUAUUCCCAAUAUAAUAAUAAUUCUGGAGAAUCUUUGUGCUGUUCCUCAGUUACUCUCCUGGAAAUGUAUAAAUAAAUUGACAACUGGGUGUUACCAUUCUCAGUCUAUAGGGGGUUUCUUUUCACAGCCUGGUACUCUCCUUAAAGGGGUACUCCGGUGCUCCAGCACUCUGAACAUUUUGUUGCGGUGUCACUGCCAGGCCCCCUCCAUUCAUGUCUAUGGGAGGGGGCGUGUCGGUUGACACGCCCCCUCACAUAGACAUGAAUGGAGGGGGCGUGACGUCACUAGGGGUCCAAAGCGCAAUUUUUACGAUUCUUCUCAUUCUCAGCAAAAAAAACGGGGAAAAAAAACGUGUUCGGUAAUAAGCCUGAGCGUCUGAACACAGCCGAAGGAAACAGCCUAUAGGCAAAGAGAAUGGUAAUACCCACUUGUCAAUUUAUUUAUACAUUUGCAGGAGGAGUAACAGAGGAACAGCACAAAGAUCCUUCAGAAUUGUUAUUAUAAGGGAAAUGCUUAAUUUUAUUGAAACAGACUUGCCUUGGAGGACUAACAGGGGCAAUACCUGUAUCCUCUAUUAUAUACCCAUUCUAGGUGUUCCAUUCCUCUGUUAUUCCUCCUGGAAAUGUUCUUCUUAUUCUGGCUGUUACCUUAUUGCUCUUGUCAAUAGGAUGUUUCCCUACAGUCAAUAAUUGCCUAUAGAUCUGUGUCUCACACUGUAGGGAAACAUCCCAUUGACAAGGGUAACAAUCAGUUGUCAAUUUCUACAUUUCCAGGAGGAAUAACAGAGGGAGAUGCAACACCCAAAAUAGUUAUAUAAAAGGAAAAUAUUAAGAAAAUAUAUAGAAAGUAUUUACUCCAACAGGCACGUCAUGAGAUCCUCCUUAAAGGGGUACUCCACUGCUCAGCGUUUGGAGCAAACUGAGUGCCGGGAGCUUGUGACGUCAUAGCCCCGCCCCCUCACGUCACGCCCCGCCCCCUCAAUACAAGUCUAUGGGAGGGGGCGUGACAGCUCCCAAAUAAUUGCAUUAAGGGGGCGGGGUGUGAUGUCAUGAGCGGGCGGGGUUAUGACAUCACAAGCCCCCGAUUCCAGCGUUCAGAACAGUUUUUUUUCCGAUCGCUGAGCAGCGGAGUACCCCUUUAACAUGCACAUUUUUGUUAGAUAUUUUUGUUUUCGUGAUUUUGCUUUUUUUCAUUUUAACCCUUUCAUUUCACUUUGACUUGACGUACAGUAUAUUAAUAUAUAUAUAUAUCUAUGAAUGUGAAAUAUCUUUACGGUACAUUCACACCUGCCGUAUCCGUUGCGGAUUUAAACGUCACAUUCAACUAUUUAUUUGUUCUGAUUUACCAGCACGAAAUCUGCAGCGGCAGAUCGGCAGCGGAUACAGCACGUGUGAACGCGCCCUUAUUUUGUAUAGGUUUUGUAUUGGUUUUGUUGAGUUUUUGAUUUAGUUUUUUCACUGCAAUGUAUUUACCGUACUUUGUUACUGGUCUUGAGCAUGAUUCCGGGUUGUCACUAUAAACACUUUUUUUUGUAAUUAUUUUUUUACGGACAAAUUACCCCCCGCCCCCAAAGAGACAGCGACACUCUUGUCUAUAGGCUGUGGGUAGUAUUGCAGUUUAGCCCUAUAUUAAAGGGGUAUUCCAGGAAAAAACUUUUUUAUUUAUAUCAACUGGCUACAGAAAGUUAAACAGAUUUGUAAAUUACUUCUAUUUAAAAAAAAAAAAAAAAUCUUAAUCCUUCCAAUAAUUAUCAGCUGCUGAAGUUGAGUUGUUCUUUUCUGUCUGGAAACAGUGCUCUCUGCUGACACCUCUGCUUGUCUCGGGAACUGCACAGAGUAGAAGAGGUUUGCUAUGGGGAUUUGCUUCUACUCUGGACAGGUCCUGAGACACGUGUCAUCAGAGAGCACUUAGACAGAAAAGGACAACUGAAAUUCAGCAGCUCCUAAGUACUGAAAGGAUUAAGAUUUUUUUAAUAGAAGUAAUUUACAAAUCUGUUUAACUUUCUGGAGCCAGUUGAUAUAUAUAUAUAUUUAAAAAAAUGUUUUCCUGGAUAACCCCUAUAAGCAAAUGCCUGCAAUACCAGACCCGACCUAUGGGCAAGAGUGGCGCUGUUACUAAAAAAAAUACCAGACAGUUGCUUGAAUGUUCUUUUUAGUAGGAAACUCCCAAAACCACUCUGUGUGCAUUUAGUGUGCCUCUAGCUGUUGCAAGACUACAACUCCCAGCAUGCCCGGACAGCCUUCGGCUGUCCAGGCAUGCUGGGAGUUGUAGUUUUUCACCUGCAGGAGGUACACUGGUUAGAAUACAUUGCAUUAGCAGAACUGGCCAGCCAUUCAAUGUGUAUUAGUGCGUAUUAACUGUAUCAACAGGCGAUAUGGGUUUAUGAAAAAGGAUCAGGCAAUAGAAUUUUUUUGCCUGAUCCAUUUGUUCUUAGGGGAGAUAAACUGCUGUCAGAGGUGUCUGGCAGCAGCUUAUACCAUUUUUAUUUAUUGCAAACACAAUAGUGUUUGAUUAAAAAAAAAAAAAAAUAACCGCUCACCACCAUCAGUCUGAAUAUGUGUUUAGGGAGGACAUGCGUUUUCUUCAGGACGACCACGGACGACAUAGAACAAGGCAGGCCGGUUCCCGUAUAGUCAUCCAAACCAAAGCUUGAUUCUGUCACCAGCUUUCCAUUAAAAUACAAACUUUGUUUUGUUUAUUUUUUAAAGAAAAGAAAAACCCCGACGGGUUUUGAACCGUUCAGUUCUUAAUCAUGAUUAAACGUUUUUUAUUUAUUUAUUUAUUUAUUUUUUUAAAUCAACUGGUGCCAGAACGUUAAACAGAUUUAUAAAUUACUUCUGUUAAAAAAAAUCUUAAUCCUUCCUGUACUUAUCAGCUGCUGUAUGCUCCAGAGGAAGUUCUUUUCUUUUUGAUUCUCUUUUCUCUCUGACCACAGUGCUCUCUGUCUGUCUCAGGAACUGUCAAGACCAGGAGCAAAUCCCCAUAGCAAACCUCUCCUGCUCUUGACAGGUCCUGAGACAGACAAAGGUGUCUGCAGAGAACACUGUGGUCAGACAGAAAAGAAAAACUCAACUUCCUGUGGAACUUAGAGCAGCUGAUAAGUACUGGAAGGGUUAAGAUUUUUAAUUAGAAGUAAUUUACAAAUUUGUUUAACUUUCUGUCUCCAGUUGAUUUAAAAAAAAAAAUAUAAUAGUUUUCCAACGGAGUAUCCCUUUAAGCCAUGUACCCAUGAUGAAGAACUGUUGAACAGUUCAAAACCUGUUGGCGUUUUGUUUUCUCAUUUUAUCCACGUUUUGGGUUUGUAUUCUUUUAAUGGAUCUUUGAUAAAAGUUUUUUUAUUUUAUGGAGAGCUGGUGACUAGAAACAACCUGCAGUUUAAAAAAAUUUGUGUUGUGGAAUUGUGUUUUAGGCAAUUAUCUAAUAUUUUAGCUAAUAAGUGAAUGCAAGUCGGGGGGGGGGGGUGUUUGUUUUAUAAAAAAAAGUUUCCUUUAGAUGAGUUCGAUUUUAUGAGUUUACACUUGCACUCUUGCAGUAUUUAAUAAAUACAUUGCAUCCGUUACAUUUUCUUUUUUUGUUAUUAUUACAGAUGUAGUAGAGCUGAGUUUGUUCGUGUAUGGAAAACUAGUUUGCCAUUUGGUAUCACGUGAUGCAGUAUGUACAGUUAGAUCAAAUAUAUAUAUAUAUAUAUAUAUAUAUGUGUAUGUAUAUAUAUGUGCAAAAGUAGCUGUCACACCCAUACCCUGGUACCGGAAAGGUCCUAGAGGCCAAAGUAUAGUAUUAUAAAUGAAAAGUACGUGGUCCGAUACAGAUUUUUGCAUUGGGGUCCAGGAGAUUUAAGUUCCACCCCUAGGGGGAGUGCAGGUAAACACCUGAUGUUUUAUAGUAGCUUUGUAAAUUAAAGGGGAAACCAGGAAAAGAAAAACAAAGAAUUUUUUUCCCCCAAAAACAGCACCACCCCUGUCCUCAGGUCGUGUAUGGUAUUACAAUUCUGCUCCAUUUAAAGGGGUACUCUGGUGGAAAACUUUUUUUUGGUGCCAGAAAGUUAAACAAAUUUGUAAAUU